CCUUCGCUACUACGCGUGCAUGUCAUUUUGAUGUUGCUUAAUUUGCAUAGUCCGUAUAAAUGCGUUCGUUCCCCAGGUUAUAGAUUGCGUACAUGCAUGCAGUCCAAGGCGUACUUCGUCCAACAGGUCCACACAAAACAUUAUUACCGAGACAAUACGCAUUCAAAGCUGGCCCUCAUGAUGAGAACUACGCCAGAACUGUUGUCUUUCAGAUAAUGAUAUAAGGGUUCGUCGCUCUUCACACUUUUGCUCAAUUCACUCGGAUCGCUUCUGGCUUACAACAGCUCUCCGGGCUUUUGAAGGUACGAACGAACGACCAAUGGCCAUCACACAAUGUCUGAGCUCGAGCCACGUUACGUCAAGACAGGUUUAUGGACGAACGUAGGUCGAGGUCCUGUGAUGGGUAGGACAAUCACUGUCGACACGCAGACAGGCGCCAUAAUCGUUGCCGUGCUAGCUAUUUCUUCGACGCUUGGGAUAGCACACCUUUGGAGUCUUUGCGUUUUUUUGUAUCAUCAAACACGCGCUGAUGGCAGGCCAAGAGACGCCUUCUUUCGUCAACAACAGGCGAUCCUACGUACGUCACCUCCUCCAGCUACACUGUUGGCCGAUUUUGUAAAGCUUUGGUGGGGAUGGAAAUCUGAAGCUCAAUCUUCGUUCAAACGAAUACUGGUGCCUGCGGUACUGGCGCUGAUCUGCGCUUUUGGGUCCUUGGCCGUCUCAAUCUUCACUUCAUCUGUCAUUGAUGGGACGAAGGUCGAAGUUCUUGUUGAUAGCCCGCAUUGCGGACGAUUGAAUCGCACGACUGUCGGUAACACUCGCUACGUCAUUGAUGUGAAGAGUGUUUCGAGCAUUUUCGCACGCGAUUGCUUCCGAGAUGGAUCUCUACCCAGUCGAUGCGACAUUUAUAUCCGUCCGACGAUCUUGACAACCACAGAACGCAUCGGAUGUCCCUUUUCUGAAGGGAUGUGUCUAGAAAAGGACGGCACCGAGCUUGCAGUCGCAGUGGAUUCCGGUCGUCUCGAUUUGAACAACGCUUUUGGCCUCAAUUUCGCACAGCAUGACCGCGUCAAGUUUCGUAGGCGUACAACCUGUGCCGUGCUUCCAAUGGACGGACGCGUGUCCGAGAUCAAUGCGAGUGACUUUCCCCUAGAACUAGUUCCCAGGAUUCAAUGGUCCGAAAAUGAAAGGGCACAAUUACACCAUUGGGGUACUUUUCCUCCAUUCAGAGAGUGGAAAAACACCACUUUCUUCGUAAGUCUUUUGGAUGCAAACUUUACAGGUCGCUUCAAGAUUGCCACGCGUACAGCAUAUUCUCCGGAAGGAGCAUCAACUCCCAGCGACUUCUUCGUUGUUACGCCAGAGCUUGCACGUGAAGACGCCGACGUGGCAGUUGUAGCCAUUACGAAGAACAAGAUUCUCUACCACACACCAAUCAAUGACCCGAUCUUUGCAGCGCACAAGAAGGUCGUUAAGAAUUCAACUCGUGCAAACGGUGGCGCCAAAAGUCUGAUACGAUACUAUUCUGACAAUCCCACGUCCAUACUGGGAUGCAUGGCACAGUACGAAUACUGCGCCGCGACUUCGCAGAACCACUUUGCAUGUUCUGGGCUCAUGGGCAUUCCAUCCAACAUAACGAAGCUCUUUCCCAACGUCAGCCCCGUUCAACAAGCUACUCUCGAGCAAUUAUGGGAAGUCAGUAUGGCCUAUGAGAUUGGAAGUGUCAAUAGUCUUGACGCGGCGUCGCUGAUCAGCGGCGAUGAUGGCAUCCCGAGCCUCCCAGACACCCAAUGGAUCAAAGAAGUCCAAACGUGGGACAAGCAGAUCUGGGCGGCUUUCCAAACCGCAAUCACAGACCACGCCAUCGGCCCUUCAGUUCGCACGCCGGGGGUCGAACCGAUGCCUCUAUCAGGACCCGGACAGUCGCAGCUGUGCGGCUCCCAGAAGAUGCGUAAGAACGGCGGCUUCAUCAACGUCAACUUCUUCGGACUCGUCUUCAUCCUCUCCCUAUCGAGCUUCUUCAUCGUACUCGACAUCACGCUGCUGAAGUUUCUCAUAUACGCGUCGAGGUUCCGACGCGUGUUAGCUCCCCGCAUCGACCGCUGGAUCCAGGACGGCGUUCUGCAGCUCCAGCGUCGUGCGUACGAAUCCCGGGGCGAGGGACCGUGGACGAACCUAGAGAAGGAAAUCCCGCUGAUGGACGGAGGAUGCGAACUCCCAGAUCUGUCGACGGAUUCUCUUGGGGGCGAACACACACCCAAGACAGAUGACCAAGAGGCUGGUCAUGGAGAUUGAGGCAGGCGAGAUCCGCUGGUAUCAUUGGGUGUGGUGUUUGGUGUGUGGAAGGUUGGGUCGGGGGUGGUGGUGUUGAUAUAUACUUCAGAUAGAGAGAUCGCGGUGAAAUGCCAUGAAUUUCUGCCCAACGAGUAGGUAAUUAGCAG